AUGGGUCCCCGACAGCGGGCGCAGGGUCGCAAGAAGAGGAACGGAGGUACACCAAAUCACUCGUCAGCCCACUGGUCCGGGUUCAAUUCACCUUCGCCAUCCCCGUGGUCGGAAGGUCAGGCCAAGUCCAGAGGUCCCAAUGCCCGCCACCGCGAGCUUGUUAGCGACUGGCAGGCCUACUCGAGUUCCAAUGCCUCUGGUUUACAGAACGCCCCCCUAAGCAUGGCUCAGGCUGCUAAGAAUACCGAGCGACACGCUAUGGCUUGGGGAUCUUUGAAACUGAGGGAACAAAGCAUCACUUUCGUCAGUGCCGGACAUCUACACCAGGACGAGAUCAAAGCUACAGGUGAAGAGGACGGAGAUAAGGACGUAAAGGAAGAUAUCGAACCCACGCCAGCUGAAUCCACACUUCUGUCACAACUUGCAAAGUCGUCCGAGCAAUCCGCUUCUGGCAGUGAGCAGCAGGUGGUGCGCGCAGACUCCCCAGCUGAGGCUGUGGCACAAACGCCUGCGCCCAGAAGAGACUCGAUAUCGUCGCAAUCGUCAGACGAAAUUCUCUUCGCCGGUCGAGGCAAUCCCGUACCCAGAAUGGCCGCCAAAAUUACCCCUGCCACGUCCAAACUUCCCACACCUUCGCCUGAAAAGAGAACGGAAGAGGCCAAACUGCCUUUCCAAAACCCUCUCGCCACCCCCGAGAUCACCGCACAAGACUCCAGUUCAUCUGGUUUGGAAAGGUUCAACAACAUAUUACCUUCGCAACACCGUCAAGGCGCUGAUCGCCGGGGUCGUGCUCGCCAGCGCAGAAAGGACGAUGAAGAGGAUCUCAUCAAUGACUACAUCGCCAACAUGACCUUCGACGAUGAUAGUGACGACAAUGUAGCCGACAUUGCUCGUUCAGUCAAGACUGGCAGAAGAACUGAGCACUUCAGAUUCUUUGAUGGUGCCACUGAGUCGAAAGUUAGUGUGCAACCCGAGCCUUCCAGAAAAACCGCGAAGAAGACCACCAAAGUCGAACAGGCCAUUGAUUGGGAUUCGGCCGAUCUGGAGGAUUUUGAUGAGUUCAGUACCACGGAUGAGGAGGUUGUUGAAGUCAGCCAAGUUCUUCGUUUCCGUACACGGCCCAGUGGCCGACAAUACCUCGUGAACCCACUCGGCAAAGACGCGAGCGAACCUCGCUGGGUUCUGCACGACAAGUUGAUCUCUAAAUCUGCAGUCAAGGAAAUCCGUAUUUUCGAGGAGAUCCAAACCAUGAAGAUCCAACAGACACCUGAGUCCGAAGACUCAGACUCAGAUUCAGAAGCAGAAGAAGCUGAUGACGAUUUGAUGGACGACAUUGACUCUGAGGAUGCAGAAAACGAGCGCAUCUUGAAGCAUACAUCCCGCAUGACAGACGAGCAGAUCGCCCGCGCUCUAGCCAAGCAAGAAGAAUUAGGCUUGGGCGGCGAUGAAUUGCUUUUGCUGGACGGAAAUGUGGACGACUAUGAUGAUGACGAGGAUGUGGAUGACGACGACGAUGAGUUUGCAACUGGCGACGCGUUCAUCCCGUUCUCAGCGAAGAAGCAUCUCUCCAGCCGCACCACGUCAAGGCGCAACAGACGCCAACGCGACCACUUCCCUUCUGCUUCAGCAUUCGCAGACGCCCUCGAUCAGGAUCCCUAUGGUGCCUUCGACAUCAUGGACUUCGAACGCCCAAGUCUUCGACCUAAGAAGAAGGGACGAAAGUCUGAUUUGCCGUUUGAGCUAGGUAUUGAGGACCCGGAGCUUGCCCAGCGCCUUCGCAGUACGUGGGAGAAAGACCGGGAGAAGAAGACUGCACGCAAGCGAGAGAAGCAGCUUGAGCGUGAGGACGCCCUCCUCGAUGCUGCUGAGCGGAACCAGCCUGCGGCCAUUCGCGCAGAGAUCAGACAGUUCAUGGCUCAGGAAGUCGACACGCUGGAGCUGGCGCCCAUGGAUGCAGGUCAACGUGCUGCGAUGCACCGCCUGGCAAAGGCACUGAAGCUUGUCUCAAAGUCGCACGGCAAGGACGGACAUGGCAUAGGGCGCUAUCCUGUUCUCACCAAGGGACCUCAUACGCCAAGAUUCACCAUCGACACAAUAUGGGAGAUCGAUGCUUUGUUGGAGUCGAGGAAGUUCUUCCCUAAGGGCGUCUUCGGCUCCUUCAGAACCGCUGCAGGGCCGAAGACCAGGACACCCGGAUUUGCGAGGGCCCGCAGAGGUGGUGGCGGCACAAUGUCCGGUGCUACCUACAUGAAUGGCGAUGUUGUUGGUGCCUCAGCUCCCGAGAUCGGCGCAGGGAAUAAAGGUCGCGCCAUGCUCGAAAAGAUGGGGUGGCAGGUGGGCAUGGGUAUUGGUGCUGUUGGAAACAAGGGUAGCGUCGAGGUCAUCAAGCACGUCGUCAAGACGACGAAGGCUGGGCUGGGUUGA